AAAAGUGAUUCGAAUACUCGACACGUUCUGCAAAGCGUCGCGCCUGCUAGUGAAAAGUGAUUUAAAGUCACUUCCAAAAAACAGCACGCAAGAAGUGCAAAAUCGAGUAAACGGUAAAAGUACUAGUGACACAUCUUUAUGCACGAGAACCAUUUUGAAGUGCUCGCACCUGUAGACUGUGAUAUCUCAACGAGCAGCGUCGAACCACAUGGAAAGAAAAAGGACACCGCAAACUAAGAACGAUGGAGUCGCUUUCAACAACAGGAAAAAAAUUCAACCAUGAGUAUAAUCACCGACAAUGAAUGAAAAUCAAGUGUACCCCAAGUUGGAUUAUCGACUAAUAUGGACAGAAAAGACAAAACAAACAGUGACACCAAGCAACAUCCAAGUACUGACAGGCCUAAAAUCAGUUAUCAUCAACCAGCAAAAAAGUGUAAAAUAAACGUAUUUGCAGAUAGUCAAAGACAGAACAUAGCAGCUGAAAUUCAGUUUGGAAGCAGUCACAAAAUAAUUAGCACAGUGAAACCAGAUGCAAAAUUUCAGGCAGUGACUUCCAUGAACUAUGACGUGAAAACAGCAACAACAAAUAACGACUUUUUCGUGUUCUUAGUGGGAACAAAUGACGUAGCAAAAAACGAAACGAAAGACCUAGUAAUCUCACUGAGAAGACUGCUACAUUAGCUGAGAAGUUCAGAUGUGAUCGUCUUCUCUGUUCCACAUCGACAUGACUUGCCAAUCUGGUCGUGUGUUAAUAAAGAAAUGCGAAAGGCAAAUAAACAGAUCCCAAAUAUGUGCAUGAGAUUCAAAAAUGUUACAUUUGUGGACACAAGCUGUGCAGGAAGAAGAUACACACAUCCCAUGGCUUACAUCUCAACAGACUAGGAAAGGACUUGUUAUAACACGUAUCCAAGAAAUAUUGACCAACAAAGUGAAUGUGCAGUAUUGUGCUACAGAGGCCAUCCCUCUCAAGGACAAAAAUAUCGAAUACUUGGGAGAAUCAACCAUAUGAAAUGACAGGCCGCUGCCAUCAGUCCUGCCGUGUUUCUGUUAGCAGCAACCCCAUGACAGUUCCUGUCGCGGUUACAACAUUUUGGCGAUGAGAAUUGAAGAAAAUGAACAAAGAAGAGAAGAAGACCAGAUAGGAGAGAAGGAAGAGUUAAAAGCUAUAAUCAGAGAUGUUCAGAUUGCAGAAGCUAAACAUAAAGAACAGGUUCUCAAGAGGAAGAAUGACACUAGAAAGUUUUAUAAAGAUGCUUUAGAACAAGAUAGGCAAGUGAAAGAGAAACUGCGAAAAGAUGAAGAGGAUGAAGAAAGGCUAAUGGAAAUAUGUGCAGCUGUAAGGCAAAAGAUGGCAAGACUGGGAAGAGACAGUAUAAAAGCGCUAAAGGAUGAGGCAGUAAAAAGGAGAAUUUUACUGGCUGAAAUUGUUGCAACAACACAGGAUUCCAUUCUUGCAGCAGAGCAAGAAUGCCUUAAUAGAGCAAUUGUAGAGAAAGAAGCAAGAGCAGAAGAAGCUAGAGAGAAAGAAGCUGCAUACAGGAGAAGACUUGUUGAGGAAAUUAAAGCAGCAAGGAAAGAUCUGUUAGAUAGAGAGCAAGAAUUUAAAAGAAAGGCUGAGGAAAUUAAAAAAUGGAAUUUAAUACAAAGAUACAAACAAGAUGAAAUGAACAGAAUAGCUGAACAAGAUGAGAAGAAGAAUCACAGGGAAACGUGUCAAUCAGUCCGGCGAAACUAUGAUGAACAAAUGGUGGAAUUUAAUAAUGAAAUGGAAAGGCAAAAGCAAGAAGAGCUAGACAAUUUACGAAAAGUUAAAGAAAAAUGGAAUGCUGAAGACAAAGAAUUCCUUACUUAUUCUAAAGAUGUCAUUGAAGAAUCAAGAGAAAAAAAACGGAAUCUGAUACCACUGGAGAGAGUUGUGAAGGCAUACAAAAAGAAGAAUCAACUUGUGAGUAUCCAGAGAGAUGAUCCGCUGCAAAGAUCACGUGUUCCUUUUGGACCUCGGUACACUUUUGAGCCAGAGCAAAAAACAUUUUUAAAGGAGGAGUCCAUGGUAUAGUAAAAUUUAGUCUGUUGCCAUUGACAAAUAUAAAAUAGUUGGCAUAUAUUACUUUGAAAUUUGUCCUGUUAAAUCAUUCAAAUGAAGAGUAUGUCUUCAUAGUAUUAAUAAUAAUAUUUUGUGGUAUUGUCAUUAUAUCAUUUAGUGAAACUGAUUUGUAUGCCUAUUAAACAUUUAUGAACAUAAUUUCUUUUGUAACUGAAAUAAUUUUCUUGGUGAGAUAAAUGCUAAAAGUGACGUGGCACGUCUAUGACAACAGGUUACUUGCAGAAGUUAAAAAGUAUGUGAUGGUUGGUGAAAACAGAGUUAUUUGUAGACUCAGAUGUACAUGUAAUAGUAAUUCACUGAGCAGAACACAUUGUUACAGUUAAUUCUUCAGACUUUUGAUGUAAGAAAUUGGCUUUAUUUGAGUGAGAAAAAAUAUUUUUAUUUAAUGCAUUAUUAAUUAAAGCAUGCACUGAGGCAUUUAAACAAUCAUUCUUUCUGUGUUCCAUAUGUGAAUGGAAAAAGGAAGA